CCUCCCCUAUGGUUCCUCCUUUUCGGGCCUGUAGCCGCUGCUCGUCGGCAGUUUAGUUAGCGGGGCUAGCCAACGCUGCGGCCUGCGGCGGCUUCCCUAGAGCGAGCUCCGUCGUCGUCCCCACCAGCGCGUGGAAGACGACUGAGUAGCACUCCGGUAAGUCUUGCAGUAGAUUUCCAAUCUGCCAUGCUGAAAUGGAUGAGAUUCGUCUGUCCGUCCGAAAUCCCUGUUUUGCCAUGUUGUCCCAUUCAAUUAACCCAAAUCGCAUAAACAAAUCCAAACACAGGGAUUUAGUGUUUGGAUUUGUUUAUGCGAUUUGGGUGGACAAUCCCAGAUCUCACCACUUGAGCUUCGUUUGUUUAUGUCCUACCACUAGUUCGAUGCUGCUGUCAACCAUGCCGCUUUUGCUGUUGGCAGUCCUCUGCACCCACCACCACAGCUCUGCUAGUCAGUCCACACGCGUUUUCAUUCACAAGUCUCGUUGCCUUUUCCCUCCUUGCACACACGUUUACAUUGACCUGCCGUGUCCAGUUAAGCAUACCUUCACGUCCAUGUCUGGUAGCGGUAGACAAGUACGUACUACUUCAAAAGCCAUAUUCACCCAAGAUCAAUCCAACCUCAAACCUUAGCACCCCCUGUUCUUUCACAUCGACAUCAUGCCCUCUGUCCUGUCUCUGCUCUGUAUUUUGUUCAGCCUUUUCUCCUUCAACACAUCGUCAUUAGCUGCCACACAAGCAAAUGUGUCUCAGAUUGAUCGCCAUGCCCUCCUUUGCUUUAAAUCUGGCAUCACCUUCGAUCCCCUCGGCAUCCUACACUCAUGGAACAAUGGCUCGCUUGAUUUUUGCAGCUGGAAAGGGGUCGCUUGUGGCACCAAGUUCCCGCCCCGGGUGGUCUCUCUUAACCUCACCUCCGCUCGUCUUCGUGGGCAGCUAUCUGGAUGCGUCAGCAACCUGGCAUUUCUUUCCCGGAUGAACCUUGCUGAUAAUCAUCUGUCAGGAACCAUCCCCGAAGAGUUGGGUAAGCUUCCAAGCCUCCAUACGCUGAAUCUUGCCGGCAACAAUCUUCAAGGUAACAUCCCUGAUUCCUUAGGCGCUAGCAGUUUUCUUAGCUAUGUCGACCUUGCAAACAACACUCUUACCAGUGGCAUCCCUGUCUCGCUGGCCAACAGCGUCUCACUCACCACACUUAUACUGUCACGUAAUAACCUCUCUGGAGUGAUCCCCUCUACUCUGUUUGAUAACUCGUCCAAGCUUUCUGUGGUUGACCUCCGGAUGAAUUCUUUAGCUGGUCCCAUCCCACAUUUCCGUAAGGUCACAGCACUCAAAUUUCUUCGCCUGACAGACAACUUGCUCUCUGGAAGCAUACCUCCAUCAAUAGGCAAUGCUUCUUCCCUCACCUCUAUAUUGCUCGGCCAAAAUAAGUUAUCAGGAUCAAUUCCAGAGACUUUAGGUCACAUUACAAAACUCAUUGAGCUUGACCUAGGUUUCAACAGUCUAUCAGGGAUUGUCCCGUUGCCUCUUUACAACGUGACAUCACUCAAAUAUUUUAGUGUGGUCAGCAAUGCCCUUGUUGGACAGAUGCCAUCCCACAUUGGUUACUCGCUACCAAACCUCCAGUUCCUUAUCAUGGGAAGCAACAGGCUGGAGGGCCUGAUCCCUGCUUCACUAACCAACAUGUUAAAUCUCCAAACACUUGACCUUUCAAACAACUCGCUACAUGGCUAUGUUCCUUCUCUUGGUUCGUUGGCAAACUUGCGCCGGUUAGAUUUAGGAAGGAACUUGCUAGAAGCACAUGACUGGUCAUUUCUUACAUCUCUAGCAAAUUGCACCCAGCUGAUAAAAUUGUCGUUGGAAGGGAAUGCUCUAAAUGGCAGCCUGCCUAUAUCAAUUGUUAACCUUUCCAAGAGGCUACAAGAUUUAUCGCUUGGGUCAAACCAAAUUUCGGGCUCCAUACCUGUUGAGAUUACCAAUCUUGUUAAUCUCACUUUGCUUAGGAUGGAAAGCAAUUUUCUUUCUGGAAGCAUACCUUCUACCAUCGGGAAGCUACGAAACUUAUAUAUCCUAAAUCUAUCAAAGAACAAAUUAUCAGGUCAUAUCCCUCCCUCAGUUGGUGACAUCGCCCAACUUGGCAAGCUUUAUCUUGACAAUAACAACUUGAGUGGAAACAUACCUGGUAGUUUAGGUCAGUGCAAGGGACUUCUUGAACUGAACUUGUCUCGGAACAAUCUUGGCGGGUCAGUACCAUCCGAACUGUUUGCUAAUCCUCCACUCUCCUUGGUUCUGGACUUCUCACACAACAGUCUCACAGGGGAACUACCAUUGAUAGUUGGUACACAUGGCAGUGGUAAUGGUCCAGUAUCCCUUCACAUGGAAGGAAACAAGUUUCAUGGACAAAUUCCAAAAAGAUGGUAUCUACUAGUAUCAACCCAACAGAUUAAUCUGUCUGAUAAUGACUUAUCCGGUGCCGUGCCUGAAUUCUUUGAGCAACUUCAUAUGCUGAAGCAACUUGAUCUGUCUUACAAUAACUUGGAAGGGUCUGUUCCUACAAGUGGGAUCUUUGAGAAUUCUGCUGCAGUAGUUUUGGAUGGCAACAAGGGACUCUGUUCAAAUUCCUCUGGGCGAGAAUUACCACUUUGUCCUCACAUCUCAGCAUCAGCGACUAAAACAAAGCACCAACUGUCCUUGCUGGCGAUCUCACUGCUAAUUGUACUACCACCAUUUACUAUUGGUUCCCUAGUGUUGUUAUGGUUUCUGCUCACUCUUUGGAAGAAAGGGCUGUUUUCAUUUUCGCGAUGGGAUCUUGUGUCCAAGAUGUUUCCUAAUAGAAGAGAAGUGCAUACAGCCCCGUUCCAUGAUGAGAAGAAGCUGAAGAGAGUGUCAUACCAGGACAUUCUUAAAGCUACCAACUGGUUUUCUUCGGUCCAUACUAUCAGCUCAACCUGCACUGGUUCAGUUUAUGUUGGUAGGUUCAAGUCUGACAGGAGCCUAGUUGCCAUCAAAGUAUUCAACUUGAGUGAACCUGGUGGAUAUGAUAGUUACCUUAUUGAGUGUGAAGUGCUGCGAAGCAUCCGCCAUAGGAAUAUAAUGCGACCUGUGACUGUAUGCUCAACAUUGGAUUCACAAAACAAUGAGUUCAAAGCACUAAUCUUCGAGUUCAUGGUUAAUGGAAGCCUGGAGAGAUGGUUGCAUUCUGAGCAAAACAAUGGAAUCCUAGACAAAGUGCUAAGCUUUGGCCAGAGGAUAAGCAUAGCAACAGAUGUGGCUUCUGCUCUUGAUUAUGUCCACAACCAACUGACGCCUCCUUUGAUCCAUUGUGAUUUGAAGCCAAACAAUGUCCUUGUGGAUGAUGACAUGACUGCACGGCUCAGUGACUUUGGCUCAGCACAGUUCCUAUCACCAGGUCUGGCUAUUCCUAAAAGCAUGGAUGAUGUUGGAGGAACCAUUGGGUACAUGGCACCCGAGUAUGGGAUGGGUUGCGGGGUCUCCGUAGGAGGCGACGUGUAUAGUUUCGGAGUGCUUCUGCUGGAGUUGCUUACCGGAAAACGACCUACCGAUGAUAUGUUCGUGGAUGGACUCAGCCUUUGUAAGUUCUGUGAAUCCAUGCUCCCAGACAGAGUUGCAGAGAUUCUAGAUCCUCGUAUGGCGCACGAGGAACAUCAAGGAAGUGUAGAAGCAUGGAUGCAGAGAUAUGUCGUCCCGUUGGUUGCUCUUGGGCUGUCGUGCACCCUGGAAUCUCCCAAGGACAGGCCUGGAAUGAAAGAUGUUUAUGCGGAACUUUCUGCUAUUGGAGCCUCUUUUCUGGAACGCCACGAUGAUUGACGAAUAGUAUAUCAGUUCCGUUUUAGAGCAUACUGAUCCAUUUUCGUUAAGAAUGUAUGCUUAUAUCUCAGGGUGCAGCUUUUGCCCUAUCUAUUUGACAAACUGCAAUAGGCUUUGGGGACAGAGAUGUGAAUUGCAGUUAGCCAUGAUUGGAUACUGGAAGCAUCAACCAUGCUUUGUUGUAUAUUUGCUGAUUUUGUUUUAUUUUGACAUUGACGCGCAUGUAUUGUGAAAUUCUUGUGCCGAUUAAUUUGUAACGG